AUGAAUUGCAGCGUGAACAACGCAGGAAGAGGAGAGAGGAAGCAUGAGCAAACGGUUUUGCGAAGGUCGGUGGAGGUUGAACCGAUAUUGGUCCCGCAGCAGCUGACGAUCGAUGAGAACUUGCUGGUUGACCCGAAGUUGUUGUUUAUCGGGUCGAAAAUCGGGGAAGGAGCACAUGGGAAAGUUUAUGAAGGAAGGUACCGUGAUCGAAUUGUUGCUAUCAAAGUCCUCCAUCGUGGGAGUACUUCUGAAGAAAGAGCUGCACUUGAGAGUCGUUUUGCUCGUGAAGUUAAUAUGAUGUCUAGGGUAAAACAUGAAAAUCUUGUCAAGUUUAUUGGAGCUUGCAAGGAUCCUCUAAUGGUGAUAGUUACUGAGCUAUUACCCGGAAUGUCACUCCGGAAGUACCUGAUGAGUAUUCGUCCAAAUCCAUUAGAACUCCUUGUGGCAAUUAAAUUUGCUCUUGAUAUCGCUCAUGCAAUGGAAUGUUUACAUGCCAAUGGGAUUAUCCAUAGAGAUCUGAAACCUGACAAUUUAUUGCUUACGGAAAAUCAGAAACAUGUAAAGCUUGCGGAUUUUGGUCUUGCAAGAGAAGAAAGCGUGACAGAGAUGAUGACAGCAGAAACUGGGACUUACCGUUGGAUGGCUCCAGAGCUGUAUAGCACUGUGACCUUACGUCAGGGAGAGAAGAAGCAUUACAAUAACAAGGUUGAUGUAUAUAGCUUUGGGAUUGUCUUAUGGGAAUUAUUGACCAACCGCAUGCCCUUUGAAGGCAUGUCCAAUUUGCAGGCUGCUUAUGCUGCUGCUUUCAAGCAAGAGAGGCCUCGACUUCCGGAGGAUAUAUCCCCUGAUCUUGCCUUUGUCAUCCAGUCAUGUUGGGUUGAAGACCCUAAUUUAAGGCCUACCUUCAGCCAGAUCAUCCGCAUGCUCAACUCAUUCCUCUUCAAACUCUCACCACCCUCACCGCCUAUACCAGAUACCGACACCAACGAGGCAGCAGCAAGUAAUGGUACCAUGAGUGAAUUAUCUGUUCGGACAAGAGGGAAGUUUGCUUUCCUUAGGCAACUGUUCAAUGCUAAGAGGACCAAGAACUCACAAUAA